AUCAUUGUUUGUGAAAAGGGCAUAUAUGUAAAGGUCAUCAUAUACCAGCAGGUGAAGGAAAAAUAUUUAGUGCUUCCUGUUGUACUUACAGUGCUGCCUUCUGAUCUGAAACUUCUGUGCUCUGGAUUCCAUUAAAAUGCCUCAUACGUAACACAUUCUGCAUUUUUCCCUAGACAGUAUUACAGAGAUGUUGCACUGUCUUAUAAUUCAUGCAAAGGGCAUUUUUUGAAAUAUAAGGAUCCUAAUAAAAUAGGUUUUAGAACUUAGUUUACUUUGGCAUGUCCAGUGGUAUAUAUGAACACUGUACCUUGCAUUGAAGAAUGGUGGCUUUUUGGUUCAACUGAAGAUAUAUAAAGAGGGCUCUUUUUAAAAAAGAGAACAUCUAGCCUCAGAAGUAGUCUUUUGAGUUCUAAUUCAUUUUAUAUACACCAUCAGAUAUUCUAGUUACAGAAGCAACAUACACACACACAAAAAUAAUAAUUUACCUCUAAAUUAGAGAAAUCAGCAAAAUGUCCCUUGUUUCCCAUUUUCUAUUCUCCUCCCCUCACCCACCGAAUUACAAACAUUUCCCUCAUAUUAUCUUUUAAUCAUUUACCGUUGUUAAACUGUAACCAUGGCAGUAUUAGCCAAGUGGUAAAACAGUCAGUGAAAACUUACACCUGGCAGUAAAAACUGCAUUUGAUUUUGUAAAUUCACAAGGUAGAUUGCAAAAACAAGCAAACAUUAUCACGUGAGAAGUGUUAGGUUUAAAAAAAAAAUUGCAUGAUAUUUAACAAGGGGGAAAAGUAUGCAAAUUGUUGUAGAGAGAGAGUGUGUGUGUAUGUUCAUGUGAAGUGAUUCUAACUGAAUUGCUAAAUAUUUAUGUGGUGGGACUCAGAUUAAACUACUAGUGUGGCCAUUAAUGGAUAGUUUUGAAAAAAAAAUUCUAGGAGCAAAAAGUGUGUAAUUUUGCUUAUCCAAAUUGUGGUCUCUUUGAGAUACAGUAGUGAUGUUUGCAUUUCUUCUUUAUUAGGAGUGCUAGAUUUUUUUGAACUGGAUGUAAAUGCUAAGCAUACUGUACAAAAUCUGCUAUAGUUACCUUAAUUCCAUAAGAAGUUUGAUUCAUUAGCACAAAAAUAAAGUUGCUAUUCAAUUAGGCUUUACUUAAUAUGCAUUAAGGAACUUCAAAGUAUGUACUUUUAUUGUUUGUUUUAAACCCAAAUCCUGCUAGGUUCUAGUUCAAACAGUACAAGCUGAUAAAGUAAAUAGGAGAUUAAAUUUCAUUAACCUUUCAUUGCAUCAUAGAGAAAACAUAUGUUACUGUGUAAAUAGCUGGAAUAAGGGUAUAAACAUAAAAUCAUGUUACUAUGUAGCUACCAGGAUUACAGGGUAUAAAUAUUAACUCAAUCUCAAAUGUUUUUUAUAGAAUGCAUCUGUGUUUUGCUUUCAGUACACCUGCUGCAACCACUGCUGCCAUGAUGCCUGUUGCAGCUGUGAUGCCUGAUGACACACCAAUGUUUGACCCAAAUCUCCUUCAUGAACUUGACUGGAGCCAGAACACAGCAACAUUUUCUCCCGCCAUUUCACCUUUAGAUCCAGGGGAUGGUUUAGUUAUGAGACCCCUUUGCACUGCUGAUUUAAAUAGAGGCUUUUUUAAGGUUCUGGGUCAGCUGACAGCAGCUGGAGUUGUCAGCCCUGAGCAGUUUAUCAAAACCUUCGAACACAUGAAGAGAUCCGGUGAUUACUAUGUGACCGUUGUGGAAGAUACAAAUCUGGGACAGAUUGUUGCUACAGCAACGCUAGUUAUAGAACAUAAAUUUACUCAUUCAUGUGCAAAGCGAGGAAGGGUAGAAGAUGUUGUAGUAAGUGACGAAUGCAGAGGAAAGCAGCUUGGCAAACUAUUAAUGUCUACGCUUACGUUGCUAAGUAAGAGACUGAACUGUUAUAAAAUUACUCUCGAGUGUCUGCCCAAAAAUGUGGCUUUCUAUAAAAAGUUUGGAUAUUCAGUAUCUGAAGAAAACUACAUGUGUCAAAAGUUCUUUAAUUAAGAACUUCCAGCUUAUCUUUUGUAAAGACUAUUAGUGGAGGACCUUGUGGAGAAACUCAUUCUCUUCAUGGAAAAUGUAAAUAGUUUGUCGCUGCAAAUGUAAUGAGCCCUGUAGAUCCCGGACAACAGAUGUGUAAAAAUUGCAAUUUGAAUGACAUUUUCAAAGGUCUCUGGGGGUGAUGAGCUGUUGGUACUAAUUUUACUACUGUUCAGCCUAAGUGAAGAUUUUUUUUGUUCUUAGCUGGGUUAUAAAGGGGAUGGUUUUUAACCAAAGGUAUAUAUUUUUAAUCUCAAAAUUUUUCUUGCCUUGUAUUUUUCUAAAGUUUUGUGCUUCUUGGUAGCCAAAGUGCAGGCAGUGUGGGGGUUGAGCUUCUCUCUGUACUUCAUUGAAGGCAAAUGUAAACUGGGUGGGGAACGCACCCUAAUACAUAGCAACAGUAAGGCAGAAAAGGAACUUGUUUUAUUUCUAACCUUAAAACGUAGACUUCAAUGCUACUGCAAGUACCCACCUAACAGCUAUCAAAUGAACACCCUUUAAUAGAUGCCUCUACAUUCUCCAGGGGAAAUUAGCUAAUGUGUUUUAAUUCAUGUGAAUAAUUUUACACGGCGGCAUUUCAUUCAUGCUUCCUUCAUGCUGCUGCAACAAACUCAAAAUGAAAGUUUCAUAGGCAUUAGCUUCCAAAAAUUAGAUUGAACAGAUUAUGUUGGAAGAUAUAAUGUGGCGAUAGUAGACAUUUAUUGGCCAUACUUCAGUUGAUAUUUUAAAAUAUACCUGAAUACUGACUACAUAUUCCGGUCCUGCACUUUAGUUGCUAUAUUGGAAAGAUUCAAAGCAGUCACUUAUAAACUUGUGGCUUGUGCACAGAGCAAGGAAAUUGUAAAGUUGUCUAAAGUGCAAAAUAUUUAUCUCAUCUUGAGUAAGGCUUUCCGUAUUUCUGUUCUAUUUAGAUUAAUGUCAUUUGAGAACAGGAGUUAACACCUCCUGUAUCAGUGAUGUGCUCAACGUCAGUGAACACAUUUGACUUAUUACUGGCCAUACUUGAUUCCGCUGGGCCAGAUAUACGUUCUUCUCUGAUGGGAACUGCUUACACAAUAUUGAAUUGCUGAUUAGCAAAGAAAACCCAAAUCCUGGUACCAAAGGCUUGAUGCUGCUUUGGAUUGUCCCGUCUGCUCUUAACAUUGGGUAAAUGAUUUUAGCACUUCUUGCCAUUGAUGGCAAUCAAACCCUUGUUUCAAUGGUAACAUAUGGUAGGAGAAUGACAAAAACUAGAGUUAUGAAUAGGGUAUUGUGAGUAAUGAAGGUUACUACAGAACAAUCUCUUCUUGUUUUUGAACAAUUAGGCCUUAGAAACUGUUCUCUUUUCAGCUGAGGACUACUUUAAGUUGUGGUGAGGGCUCUGUCUGAUGUAAUUGAUAGCACUCUAAUAUAUUGUUUUCUUGGUGAUGUCUAGGUUUUAUUUAUUUUUUUAAAAAGCGUUGUUUAAUCUAAAAUAAACAGAGACUGCCAUA